AUUAACGACGAUGGCGAGCCGGCCGCGACUCACGAAGACCGAGGCACUAAGACAGGCGAGGAGUGCUGCUUUGAUGAAAGAGAUUGAGCGGAAAGAGGAAGCGAAGAGGCAGCCAGAGCCUGUCAUAGAUCCAGGCAGAAGACGUAGAUAUAUCCCAGCUGAACCGAAAAAGGUCGAGUUCACCAGACCGGCCAUGACGAAAGCGAUGAUAGCACGGGUGAAACAGGCGGAGAAGUUCAAGCAAGAGUACGAGCGUAAGCGUGAAGAAACGAUUCCGACGCGAAGGAUGCCGAGGAGGACACCCGCGCCGGUCGGCGGUGAUCCUAGGUUUGGUAGAGAGAGAGUUCCACCCGCGAGACGGGCUCCGUCUCCGCCUGUCAGGCCGGCGAGAAGACCUAUGCCGAUGGAGAGGAGAGUCGCACCGGAUAGACGACCGCCGGAACGACUUCCCGCUAUUCCCGAAAGAACCAGAGAAUUGGCGAGGUCCAUGAAUGCUCAGGUGAUCCAGGCCGAACCGGUUGGCGAGGGUCCGAUCGACAGUGUCGUGAUACCGCCGAGGUCGGUCAAUGAAAAUCGCACCACUAUUGUCAGCAUCCCGCAACCGCCUGCGGCCGAGGUGCCGAUAUCCGAAGUGGCGAACCGUUCGGUCAAAGUGAUUAGCGAGAGUCUUGACGAGCAAGAUGCAGCAGAAGCGGCUACGGUCCAGGGCAAGCUGGAGGACUUGCAACAAGCGAGACGAGACUUCGUGAUGGCAGUGGCAAAUGUCGGUGGUAACGCUGUGCAACUUACGGAGGAAGAGAGGCCUAGAUACAUAUACAGAGUCCCCGAUAUUGAGAGCGAAAUGUUCCGUAUCGAAUAUGGCCGGGAACAUCCAAGUAUCGUAGCGGCCCGUGAAUUCGCUCAAAGGAGCAUGGCCGGUAUCAGGGCGCGCGAGGCAGCUCGCAGAACCGAACAAGAGUUCGAAAGAGUCGCUAGGGAGCCGUUACCGGAAGAUCUACGCUUUGAUGUGCCAUUCGAAGAGGAGUUCUUACGCGAGGAUGACAUAUCCUGGGAAGAGGAAGAGGAUAUUCCGGUCGUGUCCAGGAUAAAAACUAGUAUGCGCGAUAUACCGAGGCGCGAGGUGCCUUACAGAUAUCCUACUUUCGAUCCAGAGGAGCUUGAAAGGUUCUUUGAUGUGGAACGAUAUCCAUCGAGUCCGCCACGUGGACCACCACCAGGUCGCGAGCAUUUGCCACCUGAUCUUUGGGAACUGGAGGAUCCUUGGGCCACAUGCGGAGUUUGUCCACAACAAGAUGUAUCUGAUCUCAUCCGUUUCGAGAGUCCUUAAUUCAGGACGUAUCUUCAUCUGCAGACAUGUUUUCGUCUCCGAGAUUCUGAGCUAUUUGAGAGAAGAGAAUG